CUCUCCGUGUUAAACCCACGCAGAGGUUUGUUCCAUGUGGACAUUCACACACAUGGGAGCCUGCGUUUUUAUGGCAUUAAUGUGCUGUAACUACUGAAUCCGAGUGGGAGCAUUUCUUUAAAGUAUUGAAAUUAGAUUCCUGUAGUCCUGGAAAACAAACCCAACCCCUGAGCACUGGCAAAAGAUGUGGAUUUUCCAGCUGAACUUGAGCGUGUGCAGUUGUUUGAAGCAGCCUUCCUUUCCUGCACACAGCUGUGCCCAGAUGGGGACAGCUUCUUCCCAGCAGCUUCCUGAGCAUUUACUCGAGGCUUCUUGUUUUGCCUCUCGUUACUUUUAGUGGCUUUAGCCUCGUGGUGCAGAGGAGGUGGCUGUAGCUUCAGAGCUUUGCAUUCCUGGCUGAGCCGUGCCUGUGUCCGCAUGCAGAGCCAUCGCCUCCCCUCCAACUAUUUUAGUCAUUUCAGAAAGGGUGGGUCGGAGGCAUUUGGCAGCGGGUCCUUUGCUGAGGUGGAGUCAGCCAAUGACCUGCGAGCCUGGAGGCUUGAGCAGGGCAGUUUGGCUGGAGGGCUCUGCGGGGCCGUGCCAUUUGCAGUGCAGCACAGACAUCCCCACGCUGCGCUCCCCAUUCCUGGCGCGGCUCCCGGCGCAGGGUUUAGCUGAGGCUCGGGUUUAGCUUUCCCUCCUCUCUGUCCCUGCAGUGACAGCUUCCCGGGCUCUGCUCGCCAGGACUCCCGAGCCAGCAUGGAGGAGACUACUCUGCAGAUCAUCGAACCACCAACUGUUUCUGAGGCCUCAGAGGAGCCGGUGCCCGAAGAACCCAUCAAACCAGACCAGAUCAAUGGCGUGAUGGUGCUGACCCUUCUGGACAAGAUCAUUGGGGCGGUGGAUCAGAUCCAGCUGACCCAAACGCAGCUGGAGGAGAGACAGCAAGACAUGGAUAGCGCCGUGACCAGCAUCCAGGGCGAGCUAACCAAGCUGACGAAGGCUCACACCACCACCAGCAACACCGUGAACAAGAUGCUGGAAAAGGUGCGCAAGGUGAGCGUGAACGUGAAGACGGUUCGGCAGAACCUGGAGAAACAAGCGGGGCAGAUCAAGAAGCUGGAGGCCAACGAAGCAGAGCUCCUGAAACGCAGGAACUUCAAAGUCAUGAUCUACCAGGAUGAAGUGAAGCUCCCGUCCAAACUGAGCAUCAGCAAGUCUCUAAAGGAGGGCGAAAAGCUGGAGAAGGAAGGUGAGGGUGAAGAGGGGCCUGUGGGUGAGGACCAUGCGGAGGAGGACCACAUCCAGCUCUCCUCAGAUGAAGAGGUGGAGAUUGAAGAGAUUAUUGAAGAGUCCCGGGCAGAGCGCAUCAAAAGGAGCGGCAUGAAGAGAGUGGAUGACUUUAAGAAGGCAUUCUCGAAGGAGAAGAUGGAGAAAACUAAGCUAAAGACCAAGGAAAACCUGGAGAAGACCCGCCACAACCUGGAGAAGACCCGCCACAACCUGGAGAAGAGGAUGAACAAACUGGGCACCAAGAUUGUGACUAAUGAAAGGAGAGAGAAGAUGAAGACCUCUCGGGACAAGCUGAGGAAGUCUUUCACCCCGGACCACACCAUCUACGCCAGGUCCAAGACAGCCGUCUACAAAGUGCCACCCUUCACUUUCCAUGUCAAGAAGAUAAGAGAGGGCGAGGUGGAAGUGAAAGCCACGGAGCUGGUGGAGGUAGGUGGAGAGGAGGGAGAGAACUCGGAUCUGCUGCGCGGGGAGAGCCCCGAGACGCACACGCUGCUGGAGAUCACGGAGGAGUCGGACGCGGUUCUGGUGGACAAGAGCGACAGCGAGUAGGAGGGGGCUGCAGCGCGGAAGGGUUGUGGACGGCGGCUGAACACGUAUUCACUCACAUUCGGAGCUCGCUCUGCCCCUGGUGCCCCAGGGCAAGUGUACACGAUGCAUCUUUACUACCCCGCCGCGCCGACGCCGAUCCCCUGCCUGCUUGGACGAGGUGUAGUUUCUGUUUUAGUUUUAGCACACAAACGUUAGGAACACGGGACUCUUUUUUUCUUACACUGUCCAAUCACCCUUUGGAGACCAUUCCUGCCGCAGAAAGCCUUUAGCACCAGGCCUGAAGACGGGCUUUGAGUGACGGGGACCCGGCCCAGCUGGACAGUGCUAAAACCAAGAUAAGGGCUGUACACCUGGAAAGCUCAAGCGUCCUCCAGAAGCCAAGACCUGGUGUCAAGACAGCAUCCUGCCCGUACCCCCCCGGCGGCUGUCCCACAGGCUCCCAGCACCCGAGGGGGCCGAGGAGCUGCGCUGCACCCAGCGUGCAGGAGUCCUGCUGACAGGCAGAGCCCUGCGUGGCCACCACACAGCCCUGACCCACUCUGCCCUCCCCAGGCCUCUGCGACGUGCAGCGGGGACAGCCGUGGGUGCCCGUGUGGCACCACACAGCCGGGCCCAAUGCUCCUUCCCUCGGUGUUGGGGCCAUCGCAGCCCCGGGGCUGCCCCCUCCCCUGCCCGCUAUACGGAUCCGGCUGCCAGAGCCGCGACGGGUGCAGGGGGCGCCACGGAGGUGGUGCCGGAUCCGGUCCCUCGACGCCCGCAGGGGCGGCAGCAGCAGCGCCGGAGCGGCCACCGCCGGCUGCGACGUGGUUCCAGCGGGAUUCGGGAUGCGCUGAUGGCGUGUGAGGCUUGUGACUGUCACAGAGCGGCCCCGACACCGGCCAGCCCCGGACCUUGAGCGUUUCCGAGCACCCGCUUCCCGCGGGGGUCCCGGCACGGCCCAGGCUCCCGCCGCGUCCUCGCUUCUCUCCGCUUUCUGCCGCUUCACCCUGCACAAGGCAGCGCCAGCGCAGCCGCGGGCACGGCCCCGGCUCACACCCGGCCCUAAGGAGCGGCUGUGCCCGGGGAGGCCGAUCCCGGCGGGGGGCUCGGGAGGGCCCCGGUCGUGCCCAUCCCCGGCUGCUCGCCGGGCUCGACCCUUCCCGGGUGCGCGGUCGCUUCCCCCGGAGCCAGCGUAACCCAAUAGAUAAACCCGCUUCUCCUCUAAGAGUUAUAUCCCGCUUAUCGUCCGGUGCGCCCGGCCCGGCCCGGCCCCGGUGCUUGACCCGGUGCCCGGGUAAAGCCGCCCCAGGGCAGCGCGGCCGCAGCCGCUGUUCCCGAGAAGGAGCCGGGGGGCGGUUGCGGGCAGCCCCCGAGCACCGGCCGUGCCCGCGGGGCGGCAGUUCCGGGCCCCCCAGGGCCGUUUCCUCGCAGGUUCCCCCCCUCCCCGGGCCGGGCGGGAGCGGCCGGACGAGCCCCGACGCUCCCGCGGCUGCGUCCCGGCCAGAGCGCGACUAAUAAAGUCUCUUUUCUAAACCA